AUGAAAUUUUUAAACAUUAUUAACAACCAAAUAACUUUCUUAGAUGCUUCGUUACCUUGGCAAAUGGGUUUUCAAGAUCCUGCUACUCCAGUAAUGGAAGGUAUUAUUAACUUUCAUCAUGAUUUAGUUUUUUUUUUAGUAUUAAUUGUAAUAUUUGUUAGUUGGAUUUUAGCUAGAUGUAUUUUUUUUUUUAAUGAAAAUACUAAUAAAAAAGCUGAAACUUUUGUACAUGGUACUGUUUUAGAAAUUGUAUGGACCAUUACUCCAGCUCUUAUUUUAAUUAUUAUAGCAAUACCUUCAUUUUCAUUAUUAUAUGCUAUGGAUGAAGUUAUUGAUCCUAUUUUAACUUUAAAAGUUAUAGGUAGUCAAUGGUAUUGGAGUUAUGAAUAUUCUGAUGCUAUGGAUGAUUCUAUUUUUUUUGAUAGUUAUAUGGUAUUAGAAGAAGAUUUAGACAAAGGUCAAUUCCGUCUUUUAGAAGUAGAUAAUCGUGUAGUAGUUCCUACUAAUACACAUAUUCGUGUAAUUAUUACAGCUACUGAUGUUUUACAUUCAUGGGCUGUACCUUCUUUAGGUGUAAAAUUAGAUGCUUGUCCAGGUAGAUUAAAUCAAACUUCAAUUUUUAUUAAAAGAGAAGGUGUUUUUUAUGGUCAAUGUAGUGAAAUUUGUGGUAUUAAUCACGGAUUUAUGCCUAUUGUAGUAGAAGCUGUAUCAUUAGACGAUUAUAUUAAUUGGUUCAAUAAAAAAAUUGAAUCUAAUUAA